GUACAAUGGAGCCCGCCUUGUCGCUGGCGGUGUGCGCGCUGCUCUUCCUGCUGUGGGUGCGCGUGAAGGGGCUGGAGUUCGUGCUCAUCCACCAGCGCUGGGUGUUCGUGUGUCUCUUCCUGCUGCCGCUGUCGCUCAUCUUCGACAUCUACUACUACCUGCGCGCCUGGGUGGUGUUCCGGCUCAGCAGCGCGCCGCGCCUGCAUGAGCAGCGCGUUCGGGACAUCCAGAAGCAGGUUCGAGAAUGGAAGGAGCAGGGCAGCAAGACUUUCAUGUGCACGGGGCGCCCUGGCUGGCUCACCGUCUCAUUGCGGGUUGGGAAAUACAAGAAGACACACAAAAACAUCAUGAUCAACCUGAUGGACAUCCUAGAGGUGGACACCAAGAAGCAGAUUGUCCGUGUGGAGCCCUUGGUGUCCAUGGGUCAGGUGACCGCCCUGCUCACCUCCAUCGGCUGGACACUGCCUGUGCUACCUGAGCUGGACGACCUCACAGUGGGGGGCUUGAUCAUGGGCACAGGCAUCGAGUCAUCCUCCCACAAGUAUGGCCUGUUCCAGCACAUCUGCACUGCCUACGAGCUGAUCCUGGCCGACGGCAGCUUCGUGCGAUGCACGCCGUCCGAAAACUCCGACCUAUUCUAUGCUGUGCCCUGGUCCUGUGGGACCCUGGGAUUCCUGGUGGCUGCUGAGAUCCGCAUCAUCCCCGCCAAGAAGUAUGUCAAGCUGCGGUUUGAACCAGUACGGGGCCUGGAAGCCAUCUGUGACAAAUUUACCCGGGAGUCCCAGCGCCUGGAGAACCACUUUGUGGAGGGGCUGCUCUACUCCCUGGAUGAGGCUGUCAUUAUGACCGGCGUCAUGACUGAUGAAGCAGAACCUGGCAAGCUGAAUAGCAUCGGCUGUUACUACAAGCCCUGGUUCUUCAAGCACGUGGAGAACUACCUGAAGACAAACCGGGAGGGCCUGGAGUACAUUCCCCUGAGACAGUACUACCACCGCCACACACGCAGCAUCUUCUGGGAGCUCCAGGAUAUCAUCCCUUUCGGCAAUAACCCCAUCUUCCGCUACCUCUUUGGCUGGAUGGUGCCCCCCAAGAUCUCGCUGCUGAAGCUGACCCAGGGUGAAACCCUGCGCAAGCUGUAUGAGCAGCACCACGUGGUACAGGACAUGCUGGUGCCCAUGAAGUGCCUGCAGCAGGCCCUGCACACCUUUCAAAACGACAUCCAUGUCUACCCCAUCUGGCUGUGCCCGUUCAUCCUGCCCAGCCAGCCUGGCCUGGUGCACCCCAAGGGAGAUGAGGCUGAGCUGUAUGUGGACAUCGGUGCAUACGGAGAGCCACGCGUGAAGCACUUCGAGGCCAGAUCCUGCAUGCGUCAGCUGGAGAAGUUUGUGCGGAGCGUGCAUGGGUUCCAGAUGCUCUAUGCCGACUGCUACAUGGACCGGGAGGAGUUCUGGGAAAUGUUCGAUGGCUCCUUGUACCACAAGCUACGCAAGCAGCUGGGCUGUCAGGAUGCCUUCCCUGAGGUGUACGACAAGAUCUGCAAGGCUGCAAGACACUGAGCCCAGCCUCUGGGAGAGAGACGCAGGCGGGUGGACCUGCGUUUUCCCUUCACCCAGUUUGGCUGCUUUCCCAAACCUACCUUUUCAGAAACAAACCCCUCCAGAAGUCCCACCCAGAUGGCUCUGUCAGUGUCCCCAAGAGGUCUGGGACAGCCUGGUCCAGUGCAAAGAGUGUGGGACUUGGAGUCAGACCACCCUGAGUCCAGGUCCCAGGGUAGCCACCCAUCAGUGUGUGACUCUGGGUGUGUCACCUAACCCUCUGUGCUCCACUCUCUCCAUCAGGUGAAGCAGGUGAUUGUACCUGCAGGCCGUCAUCUAAGUCAGCACCUGUCACAUGAAGGGUGCUUUGUUCACAGUCGCUGUUAUCACUUCCCACUCAGCAUCACAUCUGACUAAAGCGCUUUGGAUUCAGCAGUUGAAUCCAGAAAGACUCCCUGCUGGGUCAUCUGUGCGCAGGUUUGGCUGGAAUGAUGAAGGGGACACCCUGGAGUUGCACCACCAUUGCCUGAGUCAGCCAGAAGAGCCCCUUGUGGGGAAAAGGACGGCUCCUCUCCACCCCAGGGUCCCAUUGGGGCAACAGUGGGGCAGGCAGGUCCAAGAUGUGCUGUGCCAAAGCCAGGUCCGAUCCCAAAGUCUCUCUACUGUCCUUGGCGAUGUCCUGCCCCCUGUCCUGCCCGCUCAGGUUUGCAGGCCUGUCCCGGCCAUCACUGAGCCCAUUCAGAACCGUGUCCAGGCAGGGCACGGUGGCACUCGCCUGUAACCCCAGCACUC